AUGGAGACGAAUACAGCUGCUAGUGAAUUGAAUCCACUUUUGGAUACCGAAGUUGUUGAUGAGUACACUGAAGCGAUCCAUGAUAGUGAAGAUAGCGUUGAAACAGAUGAAGAUGAAGAGCUCACUUGGAUAAGAGAACAUGUUGAACUACACAAACAAACUUGCUGGCUUACAAGGCCAUCGAUGUUUCAAUUGUGUUUCCUUCUUGUUGGUAUUACUUUGGCGAUGUCGAUGUCUGAGGGCACUAGAAGAAUCGUUCUUGUAAAGUUGGCAUGCAACUCAUCAUUGGAUUCCAAAGGGUUUUGUUCACCAGUGAAUACACAGCUUAUAUUGUCCACUUUUGACCAAUAUGCGUUAUUGGGGAGCACAAUAUUGUCAUUUGUUGCUAUUUCUCAGUUCGGUUUGUCUGAUCUCUAUGGUCGAAAGCCUUUCUUAGUGGCUGGCGUUUUAUCAUUUACUGUUUCCAAUUGUUUGCUGUUUUAUUUUUAUCACUAUGACACAUUCCAAUUUGGUUGGUUGCUCGCGUCCACAAUUGUGUCGGCUCUUGGUGGUGGCUAUAUGUUGAUUGGAACUAUUGUAAACACUUGUGUUGUUGAUUUAAACCUGAAGCCGUCGCAAAGAGCCAAUGCGUUGGCUAGAGUUUCAGCAUUUACCAAUGCCGGCCAGUUUUUGGGGCCAAUAUUAGGUACGCAAUUGAGUGCAUGGGCAAAAGCGGCAUACGAUGCAAACACUGGCAAAAAGUUUCACAUUGCAGGUGUCACGCAAAGCUCGAAAGUAUUGCAAAGUGAGUUGUUCAUUUUGAAGCUUGAGUUGGUAAUUGAAAUUGCUCUUUGUUUGUUCGUUGUGUUUGUAUUUAGCGAGACUCGGACUCCAAAAGCAUUGGCAAGGUCGAGAGCCAAUUCUGUUACAACAAGAAGCUCCUCUGAGAGUAACCAAGGAGGAAAUGAUAUUGGCAUUGUGUAUAGGCUCGGCACGAUGCUUUCCCCUUUAAAAGCGUUGCUUCAUGGUACAGGGAAAGUCAAGGUGAUGGUGAUUUCAUUAACGUUGGUUAUUGUGUUUGAUCAAGUAUUGAUGAUUGGAUUCGGUCAAGUCAUUCUUAAUUGGGUUGUUUUCAAGUUUGACUUUGAGGCUACUGACAUUUCCUACCUUUUAUCCAUCUUUUCUAUAUCCAGAGUUGUCAGCCUCCUCGUGUUGCUCCCAUUCUUUCAAACCACAGUUCUCAAAGGAUGGUUGAAAUUCAGAGUUUUGAAAUCACGAUUGGAUAUGGUUGACUUGAUAUUAAUUGUGAUGGCUUUGGUGGUUGAUAUUGGUGUAUUUGGGUUAUUGUACGUAGCAAGGUCAAAGGCCAAUGUUUAUGCCUCCUUGUCACUAUGGUCGUCUGCCUCCUGGACCGUGCCUGUGCUAAUUGCGGCAGUGUUGAAGUACUUCCCAACAAGCAAAGUUGGUGAGUUUUAUUCUGCCCAGGCGUUGCUUCAAAACAUACUCAUGGUCGUUGGCCCUCUUGCUAUAAUGGGCAUUUAUAAAUGGUCUUUGACAAACGAGUGGGACAGUUUUAUCUUUUUGCUUUAUGGCGGUUUCAUGGCCAUGUUCAUCGCUGUGAUGUUAACUUGCAAAGUUGUGUCAGGGUUAAAGAGUAGCACUGAGGAGGAAAGAGUUGUUAGAAGAGCCACAUCAGUGAAUUUUGCGAGUGUUGUGCCUGAGGAUGAUGAUGCAAGAGUUUAG